GGAUAAUGUGGAAUGGUCAGAAGAGCAGGAAGCCAGUGCCAGGAGUAAAGUUCAAGAGAACAGCUCACAGCUAUUGCCACAAGAUAAACAAGAGGAAUACGAGGUGAAUGCUAAGAGGUACUGGGAUGACUUUUAUAAAGUCCAUGAAAAUGGCUUCUUCAAGGACAGGCACUGGCUGUUCACUGAAUUUCCUGAGCUGGCACCUAACAGGAAACCAAGUCAAAAUGGGGAUUCUGUGCAGGAAUUUAGUAACAAAGAAGAAUUGAACAAUGAAGGGCUGGGAAGUUGUGAAAAUGGACAUUGUUCAUUGGAAACCAGGGCAGAGAAUCAGUUAAACCUGAUAAAAAGCACACCCAAGAUCUGCACAGAGGAGCUGGCUACACAGAAGUAUAGGGAGCUGAAUCAAAGUGACGGAGAUUACCCAGGAUCUGCUGCAUCUUACCGUAUCUUAGAGGUUGGCUGUGGUGCUGGAAAUACAGUCUUCCCAAUUUUACAAACCAACAAUGACCCAGGCCUUUUUGUGUAUUGCUGUGAUUUUUCUACAACAGCCGUGGAUCUUGUCCAGAACAAUGCAGAAUAUGAUUCUUCUCGCUGCUUUGCAUUUGUCCAUGACCUGUGCAAUGACCAAAGUCCUCUCCCAAUGCCAGAUGAGAGUCUGGACGUUGUUAUUCUUAUCUUUGUCCUCUCAGCAAUUCUCCCAGAGAAGAUGCAACGCAUCGUUAACAGACUGAGUCGCCUUCUGAAACCAGGAGGAAUCAUUUUGCUACGAGAUUAUGGCCGUUACGAUCUGGCCCAGCUUCGGUUUAAGAAAGGUCAGUGUCUGUCUGAUAACUUCUAUGUGAGAGGUGAUGGCACCAGAGUCUACUUCUUCACACAAGAUGAAUUAGAUGAUCUCUUCUCAACAGCUGGGCUGGAGAAAAUCCAGAAUCUGGUUGAUCGGCGAUUGCAAGUGAACCGUGGGAAACAAAUGACGAUGUAUCGAGUGUGGAUCCAGUGCAAAUACCGCAAGCCUGCAGCCCCUCCGCUGUGAGGAAACGGGACAUGCUUUUUAGGUUGGAGCCUGUUCAUGGCCACCUGCAGCGUCUCCUCCUGGUGAGAUGUGGUUUUAUGGAGUUCAGCGCACACAGGACCUCAGUGCCUUUUGCAGUGCCUAGCACCACUUCCAGUGAGUUUUGCUAAGGACGAAUGCUUUAAGAGGAGACCAAGCAGUGUUUGAGGGGUCUUGCUACUGGUCUGAGUUUUUAAAAUUAUUUAUGGUUUUAACAACUUAAGAAAUACUCAUGCUGUCUUACAGCAGCUGAGCAAGUUGAGUAGCGAGUCACCCUUACUCUGGAUUUCCACAUGAAACAGAAGAGCUUUGACCU